CUUUCUACUGAUUUUCCGCCAAUAAGCAGCGGAGAUUUGGGCGGUGGGUCGCUCCUGAAGGCGGCGCUGAGCUCCAGCAGGAGCCCCUAACCAAUCAGGAGCCGGAGGUCUGAAGCAGCGUCACCAUUUCACAGCCGGUCUCACAGUUUAAGAGCAGCGUGUCUCCUCUCUUUACUACACUUUUCUCCUGUUCAGAGAAAGAAAGAACGAUGGCAAGAACCAAGCAGACCGCUCGUAAAUCCACCGGAGGCAAAGCCCCCAGGAAGCAGCUGGCCACCAAGGCUGCCCGUAAGAGCGCCCCGGCCACCGGCGGCGUGAAGAAGCCUCACCGUUACAGGCCCGGUACCGUGGCUCUGAGAGAGAUCCGUCGCUACCAGAAAUCCACCGAGCUGCUCAUCCGCAAGCUGCCCUUCCAGCGCCUGGUCAGAGAAAUCGCUCAGGAUUUCAAGACCGACCUGCGCUUCCAGAGCUCCGCUGUCAUGGCUCUGCAGGAGGCCAGCGAGGCUUACCUGGUCGGCCUCUUCGAGGACACCAACCUGUGCGCCAUCCACGCCAAGAGAGUCACCAUCAUGCCCAAAGACAUACAGCUGGCCCGCCGCAUCCGUGGAGAGCGCGCUUAAACUGUCUGCUCAUCCCUCAAACACAAAGGCUCUUUUAAGAGCCACC